AUGGCUUGCCUCACAGUUGACAUGGAUAUCUGCUUAUUGUUGGAGAAGUUAAGUUUAAAAGUGGAAAAUAAGCUGGAUAAGUUCAGGGAUACCGUCUAUGCAUAUGGGUGUGGGAGAUCCAAGUUCAACACAGACAGACGAAACGUUUGGGAUGGUGCCAUUCCAGGAUUUAGACGCAAAAUUUACAGAUCUACCAGCAAAAUAUCAGUCACGUUCAUGGAUUUGGUGGGAAAAUCAGAAGAUGCUGUUGAUCAAGGAGGCCCAACUAGAGAAUCCCUAAACCUAACAAUGCAAUGUCUGAAGAACAACAAACUAUUUGAGAGCUCCGACAAUUCCAAGAACUUGACCUGUGACUCUCAAGCAAUGAGGGAAGAUGAAUACUUCCUUGCUGGAAGAGUGAUGGGUGUGUCUUUAGUCCACGGUGGGCCAGCUCCUAAAUUCGUUUCGAAGAAGGACUUUAACCUUGUUUAUUUUAUUUUAGAAGCGUCAACUACUGUGUCAUUCAAGCAAAUCCUGUCUUUUAUUACUGGAGCUGACAAGAAACCACCGCUUGGUUUUCAGCCACCACCAAGCAUUGCUUUUCUGCAUGAGAUAAACACUGAGGGAUCUGUGUCAAAGUUUCCAGAGGCGAACAGCUGCUGCAACAUUCUGAAACUCCCAAUAUUGAAUUCCUAUGUGGAUUUUAAGAAGAACAUGGACUUUGGCAUCCUCAGUUGUCCAGGAUUUGGACAGGCAUGAUUUCACUCUGAACUCUGAACCCUGAACUUUGAAUUGAAUUCAAUUCUCAGACUGCAAGUAUGUUUUUCUUUUUAUAUAAUGAUUUGGAUUUCUUUAAACAGGGAAAAGGCAAUACUGUUCAAAAAGUGUUCCAUUUAAAAAAAAAGCACAAUGUUACAUGUGCCAGAAGGAGAUGCUGUAUAACCUAAAGUAUGUUUAAAUACUGAAACGGACUGGCCACUAAACAUGUUUUAAAAAAGAAAGCACUGUGAAUCACAGAACUAAAAUUCGAACUAUUAUUGGACAAUUUCAUUACGUUACAAAUAUUGUGUUGGAGUUCAGCUCCACACUGGAUGUACUUGUUCAAGUGUAUUGUAGGCAAGGGUAUCGUGUUGCAUGUAUUGUAAAGCUGGUGUACAGCUGUCGCAGUACUACACCCCUAUUGACAGUACAACGUUACAUUUUAGUGCAGAUACCCUAGUGCUACAGGUAAACAGAAAUGCUCUUUCCAGGUCAGUCUGCAAACAGUUUUCAGAUGUCAGUGAUCAUUUGUUUAAAAAAAAAAAAAAAAUAUAUAUAUAUAUAUAUAUAUAUAUAUAUAUAUAUAUAUAUAUAUAUAUAUAUAUAUUUUUCUCCUUUUUAUGUUCUCACACAGUGUCGGACAGGUGCUUUCUUAAUAUUUAGGGACAGCUUUUGUUCCAAGACUGACACUGUUAUUCUUUUUAAAAUGUGUUCAGUGGCCAGUCCAUUUCAGUAUUUUAACUACCCCCCCUCUUUCUCUCUUGCUUUCUUUCGCUCAAUCACGCUGGGUUUAUAUGCUAGUGAAAAUUGCCUUCACUGUCAUGACAUUUAAGGUGGUAUGGCUAGAUUAGUUUGAGAUAGUUUGGUUUGUUUGAAUACAAAUGUAACAGUCAGCACAGCAUAGUUCCAAAAUAGGAAUUGUUAAAUUAAACCUAAACUAAAAAUGCCUAGCCAUAUUGUUGAUAUGUAAAAUGUUCUUCUUUUUUUUUUAAUACUGGGAGACAUAUGUUGGAUUAUGUUCAAGGGCAUCUUUCAGUAGUAAGUUUCCAUCCAGCUGAAUAAUUCUUUGUAAUAGUAAAUUAAUACUCUGCCCAUGAACGAUUGAUCCACUGAUUGUGGACAUUUCUUCCUGCUAUAAAACAAACUCUAUUUGAAUUUCUCCUUGCUGUCAUGAAGCGGGCAACUUCUAUAUUCUCUACCCUAAAUCUCCCCUGACUCUGUAAGGUAGCCCAAAUCGUACUACUCCUCCUCUAAAUAAAGACAGUCUGUGAAGGAUUGUUUGUACAACAUUUAAGAUAGAUGAUGAGUCUGCUAAAGCCAUCAACACAUCCAUGAAAAAUGAAGCGCCAUGACACCAGCUUAUGGCUGCCAUCAAUGUGCCUGUAAAAGAAAACGACAAAAGGUUAUUCAUUUUAACUUGCUACUUUUCCUACUGUUUAUAAUGUAAACCUAAUCAGUCCAAACAUAUACAGUACCCUCCAGAAUUAUUCAUACCCAGACUAUAAUGGGUUUUAGCAAAAUAAAUCAGUGUACAUUCAGUAUUUGUUGCAUAAAUUAAUGAAAACAUGACUAUUUCCAGACAUUCAGUGUUUUAAUUUGCAAAAAUAUAUUUGCCUGACAUCUUUGCAUGUUUUUAUAAAAACUGGAGGUUCUAAAUUAUUCACACCCUAAACAUUAAAAUGCAAUAACUUUAGACAGAAAUGUUUUUACGAUAUAUAACACUGAUAGUCUUACAAUGUUUAAUGUUUUCAUUUAUUUAUGCAAAAAAUAAAAUAAAAUAAAAUAAAAUAAUGCACACUGAAUUGGGGUAUGAGUAAUCCUGGAGGCUACUGUAUAUACACACACACCACAGGUUUGGAUGGGAAAAAUUAUGUAUGGACUGACGGGGGAAAUCACAGAAUAU